UACAUUGAAAUAUCUAAUAUAGUUUCUCUUAUAUCCUUCUGAUUCAGGAAAUUGAAAAACGGACCUUGAAAAAUGCUGGGUUUACAAUGACAAAUGUCAUAAUUCAAUAUUUAUUCUAUGGGACCAUUAUAUUUGGGAUCUGGACAGCUCUGUUAUUUAUUUGUUUUCGCAAUAAUUAUGGGAAUGACCAGCAGAAGAAAAUUCAGGAGCCUGAAUCAAUUUGGUCGCUUGAAACAAAUGUGCAUCAGCAAGAUAACAAUGGCUCAGAGCAAAUACCAAAGCCCCACGUAAGAGCUGAGAGGACUUCAAAGGACAGGCUGACUGCCUUGUUAGGGACUAAUGUAAAUGUUUUCUAUUCGGACCCAGAACUUGCUCAUGGACUUUUGCAAUAUGGAUUCAAUAUCAUUAUCAGCAGAAGCUUGGGCAAGGAGAGAGAGGUGCCAGACACCAGGAAUAAAAUGUGUCUUGAAAAACAUUAUCCAAAAUAUCUACCUACUGCCAGUGUUAUUAUUUGCUUCCAUAAUGAAGAAUUUAAUGCCUUGUUUCGGACAGUGUCAAGUGUCAUGAAUCUCACCCCACACUACAUCCUGGAAGAAAUUAUUUUGGUAGAUGACAUGAGUGAAUUUGAUGAUUUGAAAGAAAAAUUAGACUAUCACCUGGAAGUUUUUCGGGGAAAGAUUAAAUUGAUAAGAAACAAGAAGAGAGAGGGGCUGAUCCGAGCAAGGCUGAUUGGAGCAUCUCGCGCUUCAGGGGAUGUUCUGGUGUUCCUGGAUAGCCACUGUGAGGUGAAUAGAGUGUGGCUGGAGCCCUUGCUAUUUGCUAUCUCCAAAGACCCCAAAGUGGUGGUUUGCCCUUUGAUCGAUGUCAUUAAUGAUACGACCCUGGAAUACACACCCUCUCCUGUUGUAAGGGGAGCUUUCAACUGGAAGCUACAAUUUAAAUGGGAUAAUGUUCUUUCCUAUGAAAUGGAGGGACCAGAGGGACCCACCGGACCAAUCAGGUCACCUGCCAUGGCUGGAGGGAUUUUUGCUAUACAGAGGAAGUAUUUUAAUGAAAUUGGACAGUAUGACAAGGGCAUGUAUCUUUGGGGAGGAGAGAAUUUGGAACUUUCACUAAGGAUCUGGAUGUGUGGAGGCCAGCUCUUUAUAAUCCCUUGCUCUCGAGUAGGACAUAUCAGUAAGCAACACAUCCAAAAUAAUUUUAGAUUUAUGCAAUCCCUGAGAUACAACAAUCUAAGACUGGUGCACGUUUGGCUGGAUGAAUAUAAGGAGCAGUUUUUUUUACAAGGACCUGGUCUGAAAUCAAUGAACUAUGGAAACAUUAGUGAGCGUGUUGAAUUAAGGAAACGAUUGGGCUGCAAGUCAUUCCAGUGGUAUUUGGAUACUGUCUUCCCAGAGCUGGAGGCAUCUAUGGAUAUCAUAUGA